GUCCUUAGUUCCACCCAGUGCCCUCAACCCUAUCUCCUCUCUUCACUUUCACACAACCCCCUCCACCCUCUUAAACAGUUACAACCUGUCCUCCCGCUUUCCUCCUGAUUUCCUCAGCUUAAGUCAGGAACAAACUGCCGUUGGGACUCAAUUUACCAGGAUCCUCCCUCCUCCCACCCCACCCUGCUCCCAUCCGUUGAUUAAACAAACAUUGGCUCCAGUAUAUUUUUGGACAGUAAAGCCAGGCUGAGUUCAGCUGUCUGGCCAUAAUAUGCAUGUUCUGCCUAUGCCAAGAAUCACGGAUGAGCUUUUUGUAGGAGACGGAUAUGACCGACGGAGACCCAGAUCUGGUGUACCUGGUGACAGGGGGCUGUGGCUUCUUGGGGGAACAUGUGGUUAAGACCCUGCUGUCGAUGGAGCCCCGGCUCAGAGAGCUUCGGGUAUUUGACCUUCACCUGGGGCCCUGGCUGGAGGCACUGAACCCAGGUCCUAUGCAGGUGACCCCAAUCCAGGGGGAUGUGACUCGUGCAGAGGAUGUGGUGGCAGCUGUAGCUGGAGCAGAUGUAGUCAUUCACGUGGCAGGGCUGGUGGAUGUGUGGGGAAGGAAUGACCCUGAGGUCAUCCACAGGGUUAAUGUUCAAGGGACUCAGAAUGUGAUUGAAGCCUGUGUGCAGACUGGGACUCGGUUCCUGGUGUACACUAGCAGCAUGGAGGCCCUGGGGCCCAACACCAAGGGACACCCCUUCUACCGGGGCAGUGAGGACACCCCCUAUGAGGUGAUACAUACAGAACCCUAUCCCCGAAGCAAGGCCCAGGCCGAGAGGCUAGUCCUUGAGGCCAACGGAAGAAAGGUCCGUGGUGGACUUCCCUUGGUGACAUGUGCUCUUCGUCCCACGGGGAUCUAUGGCGAAGGCCACCAGCUCAUGCUCGACUUUUACUCCAAUGCCCAGCACACGGGUGGGUGGCUUUUCAGGACUGUCCCUUCCUCUGUGGAACAUGGCCGAGUUUAUGCAGGCAAUGUUGCUUGGAUGCACGUGCUGGCAGCUAGGGAGCUAGGCUCCAGAGCCGCCACAAUGGGUGGGCAAGUUUACUUCUGCUAUGAUGACUCGCCUUAUAAGAGCUAUGAGGACUUCAACUUGGAAAUCCUGGGCCCCUGCGGCAUUCGCCUCCUAGGAACUCGGCCCGUUCUGCCUUACUUCCUGCUAUUUCUCCUGGCCACCAUCAAUGCUUUCUUGCAGUGGUUACUCCGGCCUCUGGUGGUCUACACAGCUUUAAUUAACCCCUAUACUCUGUCCUUGGUAAAUACCACUUUCACUGUUCGAACAGACAAGGCCCAGAGGCAUUUUGGCUAUCAGCCACUCUAUGGCUGGGAGGACAGUAGAGACCGUACUAUUUCCUGGGUGAAGUCCAGAAUGGGGUGUCCUGGUCCCCUUCCCCAUGACCAGGCUCUGAAGGUAGGAGAUCCUGGGUUCCAGAUUCCAUCCUCAUCUCAGCCAAGGGCUCUCCUCACCUAAGCCCUGAGUGAAGGUUAGCCUGGUUUCCCAUAAAUGACCCUAUCCAGAUUUUUCAUCUAAGGGCCAAAUCCUGAGAAGUGCAGCAAGUUUCAUAUUUUUAGAUUCUUUUCUCUAACUCUACUGAGGGAAAUUCCACAUAUGUUUCUAGUGACCAGAGCUCAGAAAAGGUAGAGCGGUGCUAAAUGCCAUUCUCUGAUACCCAACUGAGAGGAUAACUGUCCCUCUCCACUGGGCAUGAAAAGACAGGGCCUUGGGGAGAGGUGUACCUGCAUUCAGUGCCUUUCCACUUCCCUUCCCACCCACCACCAUCCCCCCCAAUGACAGCAGCUUCUUCCAUUCCUGAGAACACCCAGGGUUCUAGAUCUGGCCUCCUAGCUAGCCACGAACUCCAGGCCUCGCCUGGGAACUCUUAACAUUCUGUUUCGCCGUUUGCUGCCUUGUUAUCCUGUAGGAACCCCCCAUAAGACUGGCUCUGCCACCUUUGCCACAGUAUUAACCCAAUACCGACCUCCCCAAGCACUUAGACAUUAAACAUAUUUGCUUCUUC